AUGUUAUUGGUGGCAUGCGUAGUUGCCGUGGCUGAAAAUAAAAGCGCAUACGCACAAGCCGCUGAUAACUUCCUCGAUGAACUGUCUGGAAAAGAAGUAGAAGCAUUGAGCUUAACGCAAGAGGCACAAAAACAUGAUGGACACGAUCAUGGAAAUCAUGGAGGUCAUGAAGGUCAUGCAGACCAUGGAAGUCAUGGAUCUCACGGAGUACAUGGAGCACAUGGAGGCCAUGAAGGACAUAUGAUGAAAAUGUGGUUCCAUGGAGGAUUCGAAGAAGUUAUUCUUUUCGAUUUUUGGAGAACCGAUUCUUUGUUUGGAAUGCUUCUUUCGUGUGCUGCGAUUUUCAUCAUGGGAGCUACCUACGAAGGCGUCAAAUGGUUCAGAGUCUUCUUACAAAUGAAUCAAUCGCAGAGCCAAGUUCUCGUCAAUAAAUCUUGUGUUGAGACUACGCGGUCUUCUGGAGGAACUUGCCAUCAAUCCAUUUCCCGAUCACAGAGCAACAAGCCUCAGUCCGAACCAUUUCUAGCUUCACCAAUAACAAGAAACCCAUCAAAUUCUCCAUUUUCUCCACAUCGUCUCAUUCAAAUGGUUUUGUACAUUCUUCAAUUGGUGCUCGCCUACUGGCUUAUGCUCAUCGUAAUGACUUAUAAUACUUAUUUGACUGCUGCCGUAGUGCUCGGAGCCGGAUUUGGUCAUUGGCUAUUUGCAGUGCUUCAGCUGCGAAGUUCUGAUGGAGAGGUGACAGAUUCGUUCCAGACCGACGCCUGUCAUUAA